GUACAGUGGCACCACCACUUCAGUAACUCUCUAUGUUCCCUCUGAAGGUGAAAAAGACAUCGGAGGCCACGCUCAGCACUAUCCAGGACAUGGUGAACAUGGAAGACUACGACGUGUCCGAGAGCUUCCAGCACAGUCGCUCCACUGAGUCGGUCAAAUCCAGUGUAUCAGACACUUACCUCAGCAAACCCAGCCUGGCCAAGAGACGCGCCAACCAGCAGGAAACGGAGCUCUUCUAUUUCACAAAGCUGAAGGAGUAUCUGGAAGGCAGUAAUCUCAUCGCUAAACUACAAGCCAAACAUGACAUGCUGAAGAGGAGCAUAGCUGAAGGAUACAGAGCAGACAUCAUGACAACCAGCCGUCGACGAAACUCCCACAGCAGGCGCAACGACCCCUUGACUGACGAGGAGAAUAACCAUGACAUUAACUCGGUAGCAGGCGUGCUGAAAAUGUACUUCCGCAACCUGGACAACCCGCUUUUCCCCAAGGAGAAGUUCAACGAUCUCAUCGCCUGCGUCCGAACAGAGAGUUUGUAUGAACGUGCCCUCUCCAUCCGCAAGAUCUUGACCACAGCACCACGGCCAACACUCGUGGUCAUGAGAUACCUGUUUGCAUUCCUCAACCACUUGUCCCAGUACAGCGACGAGAACAUGAUGGACCCUGGAAACUUGGCUAUAUGCUUUGGCCCCACUUUGAUGCCCACCCCGGACCUCCUGGACCAGGUCUCAUGUCAGGCUCACGUCAACGAGAUUGUCAAAACCAUCAUCAUCCACCAUGAAACCAUCUUCCCUGACACCAAAGAGUUGGAGGGACCCGUUUAUGAGAAAUGCAUGAGCAAUACUGAGUACUGUGAAAGUCCGUACAGUGAACCUGGAGCGUUUGAGGAGGGGGAGCAGGAUGGAGGGACGGAAACACAGACGAGCGAGGAGGAGGGUGAGCCUGUGGAGGCCACAGCCAAGUUUGACUAUGUGGGACGGUCUGGACGGGAGCUGGCCUUUAAAAAAGGAGCCACUCUGCUGCUGCUUCAGAGAGCGUCUGAAGACUGGUGGGAGGGACGGCACAAUGGCAUUGACGGACUCAUACCACACCAAUACGUCACGCUGCAGGAGGAUGAAGCCAUGUCAGACACUCUGAGCCAGAAAGCAGACAGUGAGUCCAGCACUACACCUUCAGAUGAAGUGAGCUCCAGACGGUCACUGGCGUCUCCGACUGAGCCAAGAGUCCCUGAGACCUUCAUCAGCCGACACCGGAAGCGGACGGAAGCCCUCCUGCGCCGCGUCCCUGGUCGCUUAAACGACGGUCACUGCCAUGGCAAUGGGCUGGAACGUAGCUCUCCUCCCGUAACGGUGACGGUAACGGGGCAUUUCAGCCCGCGGGAGCUGCUGCGUGGGAACAGCUGUGUGGACAGUCCUGAGCACCACAGACGCACGGGACACAACGCCAACUCCAACGGCAACGUCACUGCCAACAUCAGCCAACAUGAGUCCCUGCGCAGGGACAGAGAGCGGGAGAGUCCUCCGAUACGCCAGUCACCAUCUGCACUGCAUUGUGGGUUACCUAUUCAACGCUCCCAGACGCUGAACCCGCACACAAUGGCACAG